AUGGACUCCGUCUACUCCGACAUCGACAGCAACAGCUGCGACUUCUUCCCGCACACCGACGAUGAGGACUCCCGCGGCAGCCUCCGCUCCACCUCCCCGGAGCCCGAGCCGCAGCAGCUGCAGCAGAAGAAGCGGCGCCGCGGCCGCGGCCGCAGCGAAGCCACCGUGCAGGUGGUGAAGAAGAACCGGCGCCUGAAGGCCAACGACCGGGAGAGGAACCGCAUGCACAACCUGAACGACGCGCUGGACGAGCUGCGCGGCGUGCUUCCCGCCUUCCCGGACGAGACCAAACUCACCAAAAUCGAGACUCUGCGCUUUGCGCACAACUACAUCUGGGCGCUGUCAGAGACCAUCCGCAUCGCCGACCUGCAGACGGGAAAGACCGGCGACGCUCCGCUGCUGCUGAGCGCCGCGCGCCUCGGCGAAGCCCCGAGCCCCGGCAGCGACGCCUGCUCCUGGAGCUCCAGCGGCUCCUCGUCCUCCUCCUCCCCGGCAUACAGCUCCUCCAGCCCGGGCAGCCCCGGCGCGUCGGAGGACUGCAGCUACCUGACGCAGGACGCGCUGUACGGCUUCCGCAGCUUCGUGCAGGGCAUCUACUGA